AUGAAGUACGACAACUGUCGGAGUUUUAUGUAUAAUCAGUCUACAGGGUUAUGCACCCCUGGGUCAUGGAUAAAUGAACAACAUCCACCACCUUCCGCUACGGAAGGACAAUUAUUCCACAGUUUCGACUGCAACGAAACACCCGGUUUCCAGUUGUUCCACAGACCACGCUUUUCAGCCUGCAUUUGGAAGUCUAAUAAAUGGUUGACGUACCUUCAGGCUAAGGAAGACUGCCGGCAUCAUGGCGGAUUUCUAGCUUCCGUUAAGACAAUGGACAAGCUGCUGUUGUUGGAAGAGGAGUUUGGAAUUUCGGAAGACGUGUGGGUCGGCUGUGAUGAAAUGAGAGAGGAGGGGCGGUUUGUAUGGAUCGAAGAUGGCGAAGUCCUUCCCUUGGGGUCUCCUCUGUUUGCUGAAUACCAGCCAGACGAUCGCGAGGGUGACGAAGAUUGCCUGUGUCUUCAACAGGAAGGGAAGAAACUUGGUGACUGGAUUUGUUCCGCUUUUUUUCAUUAUUUCUGUGAGAUCCCUGUCCCAUAA